AUGUCUGACACAGACAUUAUUUUCUAUCUCGUGGCUGAAAAUGAUUUAGCCCAAAGAGUCAUAGACGACGAGGUAAAUUCUUCAUACCGGGUCGAGUGGGACGGAGUUGGAGUUCUACAAGUCGGGUUAGGAAGGACUUCCAAAAAGCCAGGCAGCCUUAUAUCCUUCGGUCGGGACCAAACCAGGAGCGAUGUAGUGUUUCCUACAAAACAGUGGUCGUCACUUCACUGUCACUUCUUCUUAAAUAAGUCAUCCUUGGCCUUGAUCCUACGCGAUACAUCUAUGACGAAUAGCACGGAAGUCAUGUAUAUCGACAAAGCGGAUGACCGUACCUACAAGCUUCAAGGUACUCCGAGACAACGAGUCCUGCUACGUGGAGAAGCGAUAAUAGUGUCGAUGGGUAGGGCCCACUUCCAGAUAUCAUGGCCGGAGCACCAGUCUUCGGUGGAGAAUGAAAAUUUUGAGCAGGCGAAGGCGCUGUUUGCUCAAAGAGAAAUGCCUUCAGGGCUCGACUGGACCGAUCUUGACUUUCGAGUACUCCCAGAAACCGCAUACGAGACUCGGAGCGCGCAUACCCCACAUGUAGCCACGCAAUAUGAGAAGCUUCCCACGAUCGUCCACGAACUAUCUGCUUUUCUGGGCGCGGGAACCUUUGGAACCGUUCACAGAACGUUGGAUCUGGAUAACGGCAAUCUCCUGGCCGUCAAAAGAAGCACUCGCCCUUCUGACCAGGAGCACUACAAACCUGAAUGGAAGAGAGAGGUUGAGAUUCUCGCUAGGUUAUCUCACGCGAAUAUUGUCAAGUUUGUGCACUCCCAAGGCUGGAACAUAGGAGCUCCAGUAGAGAUAUUUAUGAGUUUACACGAGGGAACUCUCAAAAGCUUGAUGAGUCGACAUAGAUGUGACCAGUCACCAGGUCCAGCUCCACUAUACACCGAUGCUCUAUUCAUGCAGGUGGUCCUGGCUCUACAUUACUUGCACGGAGAAGGCAUCAUACACAAAGACGUCAAACCCGACAACAUACUCUAUGACCACAAAGGCACGGACAAUCAGCUAGCUUUUUAUCUUACGGAUUUUGGAUUGUCAAAGGAGCAAGACCUCGAAUCUGCAGGAGAUUGCGUCGAGGGGUCGAUCCCAUACAUGGCCCCCGAGGUCUAUCAGAGCCAGCCUCAUACAGGCAAAAGUGACAUGUGGUCACUAGGCGUGAUGAUGCUCGAAGUUCUCGGUUAUUUCUGCAUUCAGGAAAUUGAUCUCGAGCCACGAGAGUGGAGAAAUCGCAUGGCGCUACUACCCAACUUCCAACCAAACUUCUCCUUCGAGCUAUAUCAGGGUCCCCCGAUAUCUAACACGAGUUGGCCAAAUCAUCUUCGAUGGUAUGGAAGAUUAUUGGCGCUACCAAAAAAUAAGAUGAUUAUUCAUGAUUGCCUGAUUCCGCUGUUGAAGGACAAUGCAAAGGAUCGGUUCGAUACGAGACGCGUUAUCGCUCGAUUUCCAUCUGAGAAUCCAGUCCGUCGAUACAAUCUGAGGAACUUAGCUGUACGACAGGAGUUCAGGUUGUGA